CAUUUAUGAAAUACAGUUUGUUGAAUACGCUGACGGCUGAUAUUAAUAGUGGGUUUAGAAACGUCCCAUUUAAUAGAUUGUCACUUUAGACUUACCGUAUUUUGUUCGCAGAUUUACUUCCGGUUUUGCGGGUUCUUCGCCAAAGCGGACUCGUUCGCUUGUUUGAGUUAAUAUUCGACACAUGUACAUUAAAACGGUUUCAACAUUUGAAGGCAUUCUACGGUACAAUCAUUUGGGUGCUUUUUUAUUUGGAGUCAUAAAAAAAUGAAAAACGUAUAUAUUUUUUUAAAUCGUUUAAUCUAUCAAGUAAAUAUAUAUCUACCGUCAUCGCUCGAGAGGAAGUGAUGUCGAUUCGCGCAUGCGCAACAGCAAUCCAUCGCAAACUGGUAACCCGUCACCAUCGCGUAGUGACACUCGUAACGUCAAAAAUGGAUCAGGUUGAGGAAAGAAUCGUCGAGGAAGUAAGGAAAUAUAACCAUCUAUACAAUUCAUCCUCGAAACACUACAAGGACUGCGAAAUGGCAAACAAUUCGUGGCGAGAAAUCGCUGAAAACACUGGACUGGAGGUCACAGAGUGUAUGAAAAAGUGGAAGAACCUUCGCGACAAAUAUGUUCGUCUCCGAAAAAAACUGGCCACAAGAAGCGGCUUCACAGGUCGACAAAAGGUGCCAGCCUUCUAUCACUUUUUAUCUUGGCUAGACCCACACGUAAAGCACCGGGAGACGGAGACAAAUUUCAAGGAGACGAAGAUGGCGUCCAUCAGGUCUCCGGAGAGCGACACAACCGAGGUUGAUUCCUUACGGGAAUCUUUUGUUCCCCCAUCUCCUCCGAACCACGUACCAGCUUCUGCCUCUGUCACCUCCCGCGUGUCCCGACCCAAAAGAAAGAGGAACCAGCAGGAUGAGUGGAUUUUGAAAAAGAUAGCAGGCCUGGAGGAACGCAGGCUGGAGCUACAGAAGAAGAGCCUGCACAGGACUGAUGAGUGCUCUAGAUUUGCACAGACUGUGGCUGAUCUGCUGCGCAGAGUGCCAGAGGACCGUAGACCGGACAUUAUGUAUAAAGUCAUCGGUGUGAUUCUUGAGGGCAGACAAUAGGCAAUGGUUGAUAAUAUUAUGUUGCAUCAUUGUAUGUCUUAAUUUAAUACUUGAUACUUUUCUAUCCUUAUUUUAUUGUGUAUAUCACAAUAAAAAAAGAAGCUUGUUUUUGCAGCUGUUUUGUUGUUUAUUUCCAAAACAUUUCAAAAAUUUUUUAAUUUUCAAAUAAUACAAUGUACAUCACUGACUGAGUGUGCCUCGGCACAAUAUGUCAUUCUGCCAUGACACAGUUCCCUGAGGUGACUGAAAGAAAGCCAUCAAGUUAUUCCUUACAGCGAAAGCAUCUCUAGUGGAAAAGGCCCUUGACAUCUGUGUGGGAUCCACAAGUUGGGUGAGAUUUGAGUCUGUUGCAACCACUUUUCUCCACUCACCUGGCUGCACCAAUCCAGAACAGUCAUUGUCAACAAAGGCCGGUGGGAUGUACCUGCUGUCUGGAGUGUUCACAUCAUUCAUGUAGGUGAGGUAGUUGUGUAGGACUACACAGGCUUUCACAACAUCCACAGCUUUUCCAGGACGGAAUUCUAUUGGUCUCCCAAGAAUCCUCCACUGUGCAGCCAUGAUGCCAAAUGUGUUUUCAAUGACCUGUCUGGCUCUGGAGUGGCGGUAGUUGUAGAUCUGCUUGUCCAUGCUCAUGCCUUCUUCUGUAUAGGAAAACACGAUCGUAUCAAAUCAAUAAAUGUUCAAAGUGAUGAAAAAUCAUUUAAAAAAAAAAAAAAAAAAAAAAAGGAUUAUGCUGCUACAUACCUGGGAAGGGACACAUCAUGUUGCACUUUGAGGGAAAGGCAGCAUCAGCAACAAUAACAUGGGGGAUCUGGACUGUGGUCCCUGGAAGGUUAGCUGGUGGGGGCAGAUUCAAUUUAUGGUCAAGCAGCAUUGACCCAAACUUGCUCUCUUUGAAAACGCCACCAUCGGUUUCUCUUUCAUAUUCUCCCACAUCCACCAUUGUGAACCGGUACCUGUAACGCAUGCUUUAACUGUGAUUACUGUGGAAUUUACAUGGGUAUAACAUAGACACAGGUCAAACAAACGUCUUCAUUAAUGUUUUCAGUGGGAUUACCUGGCAUCACAUGUUGCCAUCAGCGCAAUGGAGUGAG